AUGGCGGUGCAGCACGGGUUCAAUAGGCCUGCGGAAAGACUCGCGGACCUCUGCGGAGCCACGGCCAAGCGGGCGCCCAUGGCCUCGUGCCGGUGCUCCCUCCAGCAGGACGCCCGGGACGGGCGCUCCCAGCAAAAGCUGCAGCGCCUGGCCGCAGGGAUCCUGGGGAUGGAGGAGGCUCUUUUUGUGCCUACGGCCACGAUGGCGAACCUCAUCGCCGUGAUGUGCCACUGCCAGCGCAGGGGGGCUCAGCUGCUCCUGGGCCGGGACGCCCACCUGCACCUCUACGAGCACGGCGGGGCCGCGCAGGUUGCUGGCAUCCACUCCCAGGCACUGCCGGAUCUGCCAGAUGGCACCUUCGACCUGGACCAGCUGGAGCUGACCAUCCGCGAGGCCCACGGCAGCCGGUACCACCCGCGCCCCGAGCUCAUCUGCCUGGAGAACACGCACAGCUCGGCGGGGGGCCGGGCGCUGCCCCUCACCUACCUCCAGCAGGUCCGGGGGCUCGCUGACCGCUAUGGGCUGCGGGUGCACGUGGAUGGAGCACGGCUGAUGAAUGCAGCGGUGGCCCAGGACGUGGAGCCGGCUCAGAUCACCCAGCACUGCGACUCUGUGUCCCUCUGCUUCUCCAAGGGCCUGGGCGCCCCGGCUGGCGCGGUGCUGGCUGGACGCAGGGAAUUUGUCACCGAGGCCUGGCGCGUGCGGAAGCUGCUGGGCGGGGGGGUGCGGCAGGCACGGCGUGGGAGCGCAGGCGUGCUGGCAGCCGCUGCCCGCCUCGGGCUGGAGCACGCGAAGGCGACGCUGCGCAGAGACCACGACAAUGCCCGACGCUUUGCUGAAGGCAUCCAGGAGCUGAACUCGCCCCUCUGCUCUGUCAACCUCGCGGCGGUGGAGACAAACAUCGUGAUGGUGAGCAUCAGGGGGAGCUGGCCGUCCCCCGCAGAGCUCUGCGAGCACCUGCAGGCAGUGAGCGAGGAGGAGUUGGCCGAGACCGGCCAGGCUGUCAGCGUCCUGCUAUUCCCCUGGUCGGCAUGCACCGUGCGUGCAGUCUGGCACCGCGAUGUCUCAGCCCACGACACUGAGCUCGCAAAGAACAAGCUGGAGUUUGUGGCCAGGAAGUGCCAGGAGAAGCUGGCCCUGGGACUGCGCCCGACUCCUCCGAGCAUGGGGGGAGCCUGA